UGGGCAAUAUUAGCAAGUUCAUUAACUAUUUCCUUCAAAUUCCAACAAUUAUUUUAAUACCAAGUCGAAAACCCUUAUUAAAUAAACGCCAUGUCAAAAUCCUAAGGAUUAUAUAUAGUUAUUUUUAACACGGAAUGUCCCCACUAUUCGGUGCUGUUCUUAAAAUGUUUUUACAUUAAAAAAGAGAAAAAUAUUCCAUUCAUGAAAAGCUUGAGAAGUACAUUGUACUUGUAAAAAGAAACGAAGAGGAAAUAAUUAGUAUAUAACUCGUCGACCUGCAGAUUCCGGGUUGACGAGAAGCAAACAAAUUGUGAAUGACUAUAGUUUAUGUAUUAUAAACAUUAACUCUUAUCGAAGUAUGCGCCGUAAAAGCUACAAACAAUCUGUAAGCUUUUUUUUUCUUAGAAUUUAUCUGAUGAGUCGAAGACUGCAAGUUCUAUUGCGUCCCACUACGCCUGAGUUUACCGUAUAAAUAUCAAUCAUGAUGUAUUAGCCUCAGUUUCUAAAUGAUAUUUCCUGCAAAAUGUUGUCAGUGUGUUCGUGUUUUGUUGUUGUCUUGUACUUUCAUCUGUGCACUUCUACGGAGGACUUGAUUCGGCAGACGACCUUCGGUCGCGUGCGGGGUUUUGUCACUGAACGCGUCCCAGGUAAACGGAUUAAUACCUUUCUUGGAAUUCCGUAUGCUUCGCCACCUGUAAAGGAACUUCGAUUUGAGAGACCUGUUCCACCCACUCCAUGGAGGGGUGUACUAGAUGCCUUGACGUUACCUCCUGCCUGUAUCCAAUAUGACAACAUGGAUUACAUCCAAGAUCAUUUUGAAGGAUUUCACAACUCAAGCGAAGAUUGCCUUUACAUAAAUUUAUACAUACAGGUAGAAAGUAUUAACAAAAUCAAGAAUACAUCUGUGUUAGUAUACAUGCACGGAGGCUCAAAUCGUGUUGGAAUGGGAUCAAUGUUAGAGGGAGACAUUCUGGCGGGGCACGGGGAGGUUAUUGUCGUCACAUUCAACUAUAGAUUGGGGAUCUACGGUUUUGUUGCUGCAAAGAAUGAGGGGUUAGAGGGAAAUUACGGUUUUCUGGAUCAGGUAGAAGUUUUAAAAUGGGUGAAAGCAAACAUCGAGGAGUUUGGAGGAAAUUCGGACAUGGUGACCAUAUAUGGCCACAGUGCAGGUGCGGCCGAUGUUGGAUUUCAUGGAACAUCGCCCUUAUCUAAAGGUCUUUUCCAGCGGGUCAUAGUUCACAGUGGUUCUCCCUUGGCCUUUUGGGCAACGGCAGACCCAGGGUGGCCAGAAGGAUAUAACAUUCUUCCUUGCAAAGGUGGCUGUAAUGGCAAGACCUUCAAAGAGCAUUUGAAAUCUCUAAGUAUUGAGGAGCUCAAUUUAAAAAGAGGGCUGGGAACGCCCAGAGAUAUGGUGACAUUUCCAGCUAAUAUUGAUGGUGAAUUCUUAAUUGGAAAACCUAGUGAAACAUACCAAAAUAAUCUUAAUGCUGACCAUUUUUUGCUGGCUUUUGCCAAAGAUGAAGGAUUCCCUCUAGAUAAGGAAAUUAACCGAGAAUUUUUCGAAACCUUUUCCAAAGAGAUGAUGACGGGAGUCCUAUGGCAUUACAACACAGUUUAUAAAAACAUACAAAAUUUUACAGAAAUUGUUUUCAAAGAAUACAAAGAAUUGAAGGUGUCCUUCGCUACAUUCAGCUUCAGCAGGUGGAUGCUGAUUUCGUAUUUUUUGCUCCUAUGAUUCGCCUUGCUGAUCUGUUAUGUCAGUAUAUACAAGAUAUAUAUCUCCUGAGUUUUGAUCAUGUAUCAACCUACUCACCUCAUCCGGACUGGCAAGGAGUCCCACACGGUGUGGAUUUGUUCUAUGUGUUUGGGGUACCACUCGUCGGCCAUCACAAAUAUAAGUAUGACGAGCUAGACAAAGAGGCAAGCAGAAAAGCCAUGACGAUUUGGACUGAUUUUGUGAAGGGAAA